ACCCUGAUCACAUAGGCGCGAAAACCUUUCACUUUACGAUAAAAUACGGAAUUGGAGGCAACAUGGGCAGUCAACUAUCAAGGCCAAAUGGAACAUGCUUUUGUUUAGCUUUGGUAGGUAAAACCGGCAAUGGGAAAAGUGCCACAGGAAAUACUCUACUGGGUAAAAAAAGGUUUAAAGAGUCCAAUAGCUUGACUUCUUGCACUGAUAACAUACAGGAGGAUUUCACGGAGUUCUGUGGUCAUCAGAUUCAAGUAGUGGACACCCCUGGACUCAUGGAUACAGAUGUGAAUACAGUUGACGGGCUGAGGAGGGUGUACACCGACAUGGUGGCGCUGAUGCAGGCCUGUCCUGGAGGUAUACACGCGCUGGUGCUUGUCCUGAGUCUCCACAACAAAUUCACAGACGAGGAGAUCAAAGUUCUGAACGUUCUCAAGACCGUCUUCGGUGAGAACUUCGUCCGGGAUUACUGCCUCGUUGUGUUCACCAGAGGAGAUUUAUAUGACGAAUCAUGUGAUUUUACCACGUGGUGCCAAAACCAAAGAGGCCCUGCCAAGGAAUUAUUCAAAGAGUGUCAGUACAGAAUAGUUUUAUUCAACAACAAUGGCACCACUUUUGAAAAGCUUCAGUGUGUUAAAACAUUCAUGGAAAUUUCAAACCAAAUGAAAAGCGCCACGGCACCCUACACUAAUGAACUAUUCGAAACAUUUUCGGAACAGAGAAAGCGAAUUGUUUUAGCACACGGACUGACAGAAUUAAACCUUGAAAUUAAAUCGAAAAUCAACCUUCUUAAAGAAGAAGUAGACCUGUUCACAAAUCUUCAAAAACAGGUCGACUUCAUCAAGGAAAAAUCUGAAUUAAUUCUCCAAGGCCUCAGUCUAGCAACAGAUGGUCCCCUUAUUUCUUACCUUGUCGAUAAAAUACAAACAGUUCAAGAAGAAAUCAACAAAGUUGAUAUAACUAUUGAAAUUAUACACCAGAUUCAAAGUAUUCUCUCCAAGGUUGAAACGCCAAUUUUUAAUUCGUUUUUCUCCUUAUUUGAAUUACUAAAGGGUGAUAUGUCUCAAGAAGCAACUGAAACGAUCAUCCAAGACGGUUUAAAUUGCAUAACGAGAUCUAUCGAUGAAGAAAACAACGAUUUAGACCCGGCUACAUGCACAUCGCUAAAAGAAGAGGUUGACAAACUCUUUACACAGCUACACGUUAACUCGUCUCUUUCAAACCCGAUUAAAAAUGCAUUAAUUCAAAUGUAUCCCGUUGCAAUGUUAGAUGAGUUUUACCAUCUACUGCAGAAAAUGAAGCUGUUAACAACACGGGAUAGACAUAUAAGGAAAUUAGUGGAUAGAGCGAAGGAUUUGUUGGCUAGUAUAAAGGAAGAGGCCGCUGGAUCUGACAUGUUAGUGAAUUUAGAGGCGGACGUCCAGGUAAUCGUUGACACGUUACAGGCCAUGGACCCGAGUGUAUCUGUAAAUGAAGCUAUCGAUUCUCUCAACGCCUUGAUGGAACGGUUCGAUCCACCAACUCCACUGCUAGUCGGUGGAGGUGUGGCCACAGCCCUGGUGGGCGCCGCCACCAUCACGGGCGCCGUCAUGGCCUCAGUGUUGACCUGCGGGGGCGCCAUUCCCUUGGCCAUAGUGGUGGCGGGUGGGAUCACCACGACCACCGCCCUAGGGGCAACCACAGGAGGGAUCAUACAAAAACUUAAACUUGAGUUCAGCAGGCAGAAGUACACGGAUCAAAUCAACUCAUUGUUACAACAGGACGAGACGGUCAAACUACCGGUGUGAGGUUUAGUAAAAACAUUGAUUACACACAAGUAGGUUUUUGUCAUAGGUUUAU